CAGCUCAUAAUCGACGUAAGCGCCGAAACGGUAUGGAGGAGGCAAGAAGAUCCGGAAACUACGGAAGGAGCAUUUGGGAUCACGAUUACGUUCAGUCCCUCGCCACUCCAUACACGGACGAGAAAUACGUAGAGCAAGCUGAGAAGCUGAGAAGGCAGGUGCAGAUAAUCAUCGACGAAACCGAAAAUCAUACGCUAGAGCAACUUGAACUUAUCGAUAAUCUGCAGAGGUUCCAUAUAUCCGACCACUUCGAGGAUUCAAUCAAAAAGAUCUUGGGCGACAUUUACCGUGACGAAUUUGAUGACGGCAAACACGUGCAACACUUGCAUGUUACAUCUCUCAAAUUUAGACUUCUCAGACAAAAUGGAUUUCUUGUCCCUCAAGAGGUUUUCGGUAGUUUCUUGGACAAGGAAGGAAAUUUUAAGGAGUGUUUUGCUGGUGAUGUGAAGGGAGUUUUGUCUCUGUAUGAAGCUUCGUUUUUAUCCGUCGAAGGUGAGAGAAUAUUGGAUUCUGCCAAAAAAUUCUCGACUCGUCAUCUAACUGAAAAGGUGAAGCAAAUCGAAGACACGAUUCUAGCUGAGAAAGUGAGGCAUGCAUUGGAGCUUCCACUGCACUGGAGAGUGCAUAAACUCGAAGCAAGAUGGUUUAUGAACAUCUACAAUGGUGACCCUAUUCUUCUCCAAUUGGCCGCACUGGACUUCAACAUGGUUCAAGCCAUUUAUCAGGACGAACUUAAACAGCUAUCGAGGUGGCAUAAAGAAACCGGUCUUGCAGACAAGUUGGGGUUUGCCAGGGACCGAUUGCCAGAGUGUUACUUAUGGGCUGUCGGAUAUACACCUGAGGUUCGAUUUGGGUAUCCCAGGGAGUUUAUGACCAAGAUUGCUGUAAUGAUUACAAUUAUAGACGACAUAUACGAUGUGUACGGUACGAUGGAUGAACUCGAGCUUUUCACCGAUACGGUCGAGAGGUGGGAUAUUAACGCAUUGGACCGCUUACCCGAAUACAUGCGAAUCAGCUUCCUAGCUCUGUUUAACUGCGCUAAUGAAUUCGCUUACAAAGUUCUCAGGGACCAAGGUCUCAUCAUCAUCUCAAAACUGAGAAAAUUGUGGGCGGAACUGUGUAGAGCUUACUACAAAGAAGCACAAUGGUUCCACAGUGGGUAUCGCCCGAGCACGAACGAGUACAUCAACUUAGCCUGGGUUUCGAUUACAGGCCCUCUGCUUCUUUUCCAUGGUUACUUUUGCAUAACAAAUCCCAUUAACACCAAGGACCUGCACUUUUUAGAGCAAUACCCUGGAAUUAUUCGUUGGCCGGCCACCGUUCUUCGCCUAGCAGACGACUUGGGCACUUCUUCUGCUGAAAUAAAACGAGGGGAUGUUCCGAAAUAUAUCCAGUGUUACAUGCACGAAACAGGCUGUUCUGAAGAGGACGCGCGCGAGCACAUCAAGAAAGAUCUGAUUGAUGAUCUGCUGAAGAAGAUGAACAACGAAAUACUAUUUAUGGAUAAGCCCAUAGAGAAUUUUCAGACAAUUGCUAUGAAUCUUGCUCGGAUUGGUUUCAGCUUUUACCAGUUUGGUGAUGGUUUUGGUUCACCAGAUAGUGACACCAAGACAUAUAUGGUUUCACUCUUGGUUGAACCAAUCCCUAUUCCAUCAACAAGCUCUUGA